CUACACAUGUUCUAAAAGCCGAAGGCCCAAAUCGACUAUCUAACCCUGCGAACGGUCUGUGCUCUGUCUUCUUCUUCUUCUAUGGCUGUUCCACGGAGAUCCAAACCUACACUCUUAUUAUUAUUACUACUAUCUCUUUUCGCUUCUUCUUCACUCGCAAUCGCAACCGGGAAUGGAGGUGGUUAUAGUAUUAAUGGUCGUGUAAAAAUUCCCGGUUUCGGUGCAAAGGGCUUUGGUCUGCCAGUUAAGGCUAACAAUGCCAAAGUCAUAUUAAACGGUGGCCAACAAGUUACCUUUCUAAAGCCAGAUGGUUACUUCUCAUUCCAUAAUGUGCCAGCUGGAACCCACCUUAUUGAAGUUGUUGUCAUUGGUUAUUUCUUUUCACCGGUACGGGUAGAUGUGAGUGCUAGAAACCCUGGUAAGAUUCAGGCUGCACUAACAGAAACCCGAAGAGGUCUAAACGAGCUUGUGCUGGAGCCUCUAAAAGAGCAACAAUACUAUGAGAUAAGGGAGCCGUUUAACAUAAUGUCUAUAGUGAAAAGUCCAAUGGGCUUAAUGAUUGGAUUUAUGGUGGUGGUUGUCUUCUUGAUGCCCAAACUAGUUGAAAACAUGGAUCCGGAAGAAAUUAGAAAAGCACAAGAAGAGAUGAGGAACCAAGGUGUUCCUUCUCUUGCAAAUUUGAUGCCUGGAGCUGGAGCUGGAGGUGGAAGGAGCAAUUAGGCACCAGCAUAAUUAUCGGUGUGGGACCCGCAAGCAAAACAAAACGACAAUAUCCGGUUUGUAGCGUUUAUAUGUAUUAUGUAGGAUCGUUUUCAAGACUUUGUUUAGGUUGAUCAUAGGACUGUUUUUGUACUUACAUUCAUAAACUCUAUUAUUCCAGGACGUUUAUAUGUUAUUAAUAAUAAUAAUAAGCUUUAGGCUA